CAGCUACUUCCUUCAGCCCAGUCAGACUACACAGCUCUAUUCGUGUCGACUGCCCAGAGUCCACGAAUCCAGCCCAGCACCUCUCCCCACCACCUCAAACUAAACCUUACUCCAAAUAUAAAGCACAGCAGAGCCUAUCCCUGAUCUCACCCUGAGACCUGCAGCAGCACAUCUGCAGACAGUCGUGACAACAGCUACAUUCCAGGAGCCUCGCCAGCCUCUGUUCAGGCAUGUCACUCUACAGUUUUGGCCUGGAGCCUCUCUCCUGCCACACCUGGAAUAAAGAUAGGACCCAGAUUGCAGUGAGUCCGAACAACAACGUGGUGAAUAUCUAUGAGAAGAAAGGCAAAGAAUGGGUCAAGAUUCAUGAGCUAUCUGAGCACAGUGGACGAAUCACAGGCAUUGAUUGGGCACCAGAGUCCAACCGAAUAGUGACAUGUGCCUCUGAUCGUAAUGCCUAUGUGUGGACUCUGAAGGAUGGAGUGUGGAAGCCCACCCUGGUCCUGGUGCGCAUCAACCGUGCAGCCACCUGUGUAAAGUGGUCACCUCUCGAGAACAAGUUUGCCUUGGGCAGCGGAGCUCGCCUCAUCUCUGUCUGCUACUUUGAGAAGGAGAAUGACUGGUGGCUGAGUAAACACAUCAAAAAAUCCGUCCGUUCCACUGUCCUAAGCCUGGACUGGCAUCCCAACAAUAUCCUUCUGGCAGCUGGGUCUGCAGACUUUAACUGCAGAAUUUUCUCAGCUUACAUAAAGGACAUCGAGGACAAACCUGGACCCACUGCCUGGGGGGCCAAAAUGCCUUUUGGGGAAGUUUUGCUGGAGCACAAGGACUGUGGAGGCUGGGUGCACAGCGUCUCAUUCUCUCCCAGUGGUGACCAGCUGGCCUGGGUGGCUCACAACAGUAGCAUUGCUGUGGCUGAUGCAAGUCAAGGGAAGGAAGUUACCCAGCUGGUUACUGACCACCUGCCAAUGCUGAGCGUGCUCUAUGUCAGCCCUACUGAGAUUGUUGCCGCGGGCCAUGACUGUUGCCCAUACCAGUUCACCUAUAAGAGUAAAGGUGCUCUAGAGUUUGUGAAGAAGCUUGACAUCCCCAAACAGGCCUCCAAGUCAGCUGUGUCAGCCAUGCAACACUUCAGAAACCUGGACAAGAAGGCCACUGAGGAAGACAGCAAUGAGCUUGAGACCCUUCAUCAGAACAGCAUCACGCAGCUGUGUUUUGUAAGUGGAGAGAAAGCCAAAGUGGAGAAAUACAGCAGUGUGGGUCUGGAUGGAGCCAUGGUGAUGUGGGAUUUUAAGCAUUAAGAAAACAAGGCUGUCAGUCCUUGAGGCAUUACAGCAUAUGCAGACCAAUUUCAACUACUCCUGGGUGGAAUUUCCCUGUCGGUGAAUUCAUGUGCAUGAAGAUGGAUCUUUUUUUCUACGUUUAUGAAUAAUAGGCAAACAAUGUCUGCAUGUGUGUUUUGUGUAAUUUGUCAAUAAAACCACCAUGCCAUGGUUGUA